AUGACUGGCACAUCAUCUCAAGUUAAAAAAGAUGAUUUUGAUCAAUCAUUCCAUGUGGUUGAACAACAAGAAGCACCUACUGGAUUGGAGGGACCUGAACCAUCCACCAUGAUAAUUCAGGUGGACAACAUAUCAGAACAAAGCAUUUCAGCAGAUGUUCCUGAAUUAUUUGAUCAGCAAGUUUAUUCUGAUACAUUAAAGGAAGAUGAACCAUCCGUCAAGGAUGUAUCAGCACACCAAAUAGAACCACAAAGAGCAGAUACUGAUCAGCUUAUUGCUGAUUCUGAUACAUUACAAAACACUGGAAAGAAAGAUAGAAGAGUAGCUGAUGAUAAAUCUGCCAAAGUAGAAGAGCAAGUCGAGGAGAUUGAAAAAGAAAAAAUCAAACCAAGCACAUCAGAAUCCAAUACUUCAGCACCAUUUUCGAUCGAAACUCUAGAUGUGAUAGAUGCUCUAAUAUAUGGACUUCCAUUACCAGCCAUGCCAUUAACAGCUGUUAGUCAUGAGCAAGUUCAGGAUGAAUGUCUAUUAUGCGAUAGCCAGCUACCAACCACUCUUCCAUCAAAAGCUAAUGUAUUGUCUGACGAUGCGAAGACACCAUCUCGAAGAAGCAGGAUUCCUUCGAAGAUCUUACAGUCGCCGUAUCUUUCAAACUUUGGGUCAAGUGAAAAGGGAAAGGAAAAUUUGUCAGAUGUUACGCAUCAGACACACCCUUUUGAAGGUUUUGGUAUAUGCUAUCAACCCCCUUCCGAGCUUGUCACAGACUACUCUCAAUGGAUAGAUAAAGAACUUCUAAAAUCACAUGGCAACAAGAAUUCGAAGGAGGAUCAUUACAGAUCUAAGUGCUCUUUAUUCGGCUUUGAAAAAAUGGACUUUGUUGUGGCAUUUCCUAAAGAUAAGAACUGGUUCUACCUAAUGUCACAGCCGGACAGAUGCUGGAACGAUGAGAAAUCGAAGAUGCAGUUGAGCAAUCAGUAUCGAUACACAACGACAAACUGCAUUUUCAAAAAUUACAUCGAAUAUGCACACACACACUACUAUCACCUUCCACCUAACAUUUCUACACAAGAAGAUAUGGCAAGGGCCACUGUUACAGCUCAUCAAGAGAGAUCCGUGAAGAACAUAAUAAGAGGUUUCUCAAUACUAGCCGGUUUGCCCUGGUAUUUGGUAAAUGAGGUAUACAUUCCAGUAAACUGCUGUGAUAUCCCCUAA